AUGAGUGAUAGAAAUGGCAUGACUCCAAAAUCUGACCAUUUGAAUCCACCUUCACCAGUGGUUGUUAACUUUCCGUCCUCACCUCAAUCAACAGCAACAGCGGUUUCAUCAACAUCACCACUGUAUUCGUCGUUCAUUGAUCCUAACCAAGAGGAUAACAACGUUAAUAACCUCGGAUACUCGAACAAUAAUAACCUCGGAUACUCGAACAACCCUGUUCAAGUUAAUUCCAUGGUAGUAAUAGGAUGUCGUCGUUGCCUUAUGUACGUGAUGGUCGAUGAGAGUGAUAUCAGGUGUCCUAGAUGUAACAAUUAG